GAGUCCCGCCAUAUUCAACCCCACCUUACAACAUUCUUCCUAUUUUCUUCUCACCAGCUUUCAAUUCUUCCAAGAUACCCCGAGAUCUCUUCUACGGACUCUCUUCCUUCAUUUACCAUUUACCAUUUGAUCUCUACUUUAGUCGGAUAAAAUGGGUUUCACAGAUCUUCUCACCGAGGCUGGUCUAGCCAUUCUUAACGGCUGGUUGACUACCCGAUCAUACGUCACUGGUUACGCUCCUUCGCAGGCCGAUGUCGCCGUCUUCAAGGCCAUCAAGUCUGCUCCUGAGUCCGCCAAGUACCCCAACGCCGCGAGAUGGUAUAAGCACAUCGCCUCAUUCGAGGACGAAUUCGCCACUUUGCCGGGUGAUGCCUCUAAGCCCUACAGCGUUUACGGCCCCGACGAGACCGCUGCCACCCUAAACCCUGCCAAGGCACCUGCUGCUGAGGAAGAGGAAGAUGAUGUCGACCUAUUCGGUAGUGACGAUGAGGAAGAGGAUGCCGAGGCUGUUCGUGUCCGUGAGGAGCGUCUAGCCGCCUACAAGGCGAAGAAGGACGCUAAGCCCAAGACCAUUGCUAAGUCUGUUGUCACACUAGACGUCAAGCCCUGGGAUGAUGAGACCGAUAUGGCUGCCCUGGAGGCCGCUGUUCGUGGAAUCGAGAAGGAUGGUCUAGUCUGGGGUGCCUCCAAGCUGGUGCCUGUCGGUUUCGGUAUCAAGAAGCUCCAAAUCAACCUUGUCAUUGAGGACGAGAAGAUCUCCCUUAGCGACCUAGAGGAAGAGAUCCAAACAUUCGAGGACUUUGUCCAGUCUACUGAUAUCGCCGCCAUGCAGAAGUUGUAAACUUCUUCUACUAGGAGCUAGGGUCGCCGUUCCAACACUCAAUACAUGAUAACGACUUCAUAGCCACGAAGAAAGGCUAACGAUUGUGAUGAGGUUGGGCGGACAACAUGAUAUCGGGAAAACACUCUCGCAAGAUGAAAUUCCGUAGAGGCCAGAAGGCAUAGGAUUGAGAUGCUAAUAAUAGAGGCUUCCCCGAAUCAACAUUUUGACUUAUUUAUCUCUAUAUCGUGGCGAUGCAGUAUAAUUAUGAACUUCAAUACUAUCCUAACCCGAUGAUAGAAAAAGGGGGGUUGAUAUGGCUUGGUGUUGCAAUAUUACUAUGAGAGCAAGAUUUACGUGGAUUUAUCAC